AUGGGCUGCCUCUUCUCCAGGCGCAGGAAGGCGGCGCAGGGAGGGGAGCAGGCGGCGGCCGCGGCGGCGGGGGCCAGCCAGGACGCGGCGGCCGGCGAGGAGAAGGCUCCGCGGUACAGCUGGGAGCAGCGAGCCAAGAUUGACCCGAAAGACUACACGUUUUCUGGACUUAAAGAUGAAACCGUGGGUCGACUGCCUGGAAAAGUAGCAGGGCAACAAUUUGUCAUUCAGGACUGUGAGAACUGUAGUAUCUACAUAUUUGAUCAUUCUGCUACAAUCACUAUUGAUGACUGUAUAAACUGCCAGAUCUUUCUAGGACCAAUAAAAGGCAGUGUUUUCUUCCGUGACUGCAAAGACUGUAAAUGCAUAGUGGCCUGCCAACAGUUUCGGACUCGGGACUGCAGAAGGCUGGAGGUAUUCUUGUGUUGCGCCACCCAACCCAUUAUCGAGUCCUCCACAGGUAUGAAAUUUGGCUGUUUCCAGUACUAUUACCCUGAGCUUGCUUUACAAUUCAAAGAUGCUGGACUGAGUAUCUUCAAUAACACAUGGAGCAACAUCCAUGACUUUACACCUCUGUCGGGAGAAAAUAACUGGGGGCUUUUGCCUGAGAAUGUGGCGGUUCAAGAUUACGUCCCUCUGCCAAGCUCUGAAGAGCUGAAAGCUGUCAGGGUUUCUACGGAUGCUAUGAGGAGCCUAAUACCAAUAACGCGAGGGCGGAGACAGAGAAGCAGCGAUGAAUCGUGUUUGGCAGUGUUUUUUGCUGGUGACUACACGACUGCAAAUGCCAGAAAGUUAAUUGAUGAGAUGACUGGCAAAGGCUUUCAGCUGGUACAGACAAAAGAAGUCUCAAUGAAAGUGGAGGAUGCUCAGAGAGUUUUCCAGCAGUGUGCCUCAGAAUUCAUUCCACUACUUGAAAAAGGCCCUGUAGUUGCUUUGGAAUUCAAUGGAGAUGGUGCUGUGGAAGGAUGUCAAAGCAUUGUAAAUGAUGUUUUCAGUGGAACCAAGGUUUUUGUAUCGGAGAGCAAAGAAUCAGCGUGUCGAGAUGUAGACAAUUUCUACAACUUUGCUGACAUGCAGAUGGGAAUGUGAAGCCUAAUGUGCUCGCGUAUGGUUUGUCCCAGCACUUGGAUGUUAUUUGACUUGAAUUUUGCAGUAGUAUGAGAAGUUUUCUCAUUUGGUUUUGUAUUGCUUCUAUAUCCUUCUUAUAAAAGCUGUUGAUGACUUUAAUACCAUAUUACAUGAACUACAGUAAAUGGUAUAGCUCCCCAUGGAUGUUGUUUGAUACUUACAUUUCAACUCCAGAAACUAUGGAGGCUUUUUUUUAAAUUGUUUUUAUAGUGAUUUCUUUCUUUCAUUGACACUUGAGCGUUUCUUGUCAAUAACUAAUGGUAAGUCGUAUUUGAAAAGUGCAAUGCAAGUCCACUUCUGAUGCAUUAGUAAUUGUAAACUUAACACAGACACAUUUUAUAGAAAGUGCGUUUAUAUGAAACUUACUGUUCAAAACUUUCCCACAUGCAAAUUCGUCUUCACUGGGGGCCAGGCAGGAAGCUGUAGUCAAUGACUUUUUCUGAAAGCUUAGCCUGAAAUUACUUUUAUAGCAUGCUUUCAGGAGCAGUGCAUGACUUACCCUCUUACAAAACCUACGUUUGGUUUAUUCUGCUUCAGCAUCUUUAUUUGCCUCAUUUGAAUAGAGCUCACUUACGCUGAGGGUUGUCUUAAUGGCAUUCUGAGAAGUGAACUCUUCCUAGGCUCUCGUGCUCCAAAGUGAGUUUUGAGCUUGAGUGCUGUGCAGAAGAUGCUGUAAGGUUCUGUUCAGGCCUGGUCCAAUAUUAUAGAUGGCUCUGGUAGCGUAUGAGAUACGAGGUUCCCUUGGAUUUGAGACUAAUGAGACAUCAGCAACAUCCUGGUUUGUUGCAGGGUACAUAGAGCAACCUGGCAUCAAAGAAGGGCUCUGGCUUUAAAAGAGCUUUUCUUUGCUGUCCCCAAGGAGAAGGGUUCUACACUCAGUAGUAGUACUGAAAAUUUUGCUGUAAAGUAUUGCACUGUGCUGUAAAACUAAUUUUGGAUUAAUUUCAAAAAAUAGACUAAGAAAGUGCUACUUGCAUUUUAGGAGAAGCAUUUGAAUAGUGAUCAAUAAGGAUGCCUAUUGCUAUACAGUGCAUACUGGUGUGCAUAUCUAUCUGUAUAGGUAUGAAAUACGUGACAGGGUUUACAUGCCCUCUGUGAUACUUGAACAGGUUGUUUGCCCAGAGGUACCACAUUUCUUAAUUAAAAUGGUGGCUUGCCAAUUUAUGUAGCUUUUGCAAUUCAUUGAACACGCUUGAGCUGUGUUGCUAAAGCAAUAACUUCCUUGUUAGGGUCAUCCAUCCAAAGGUAAGAUCUUCUGCAUCUUAACUGAAAGCGAGUCUCUUGACUCAUUGGUUUUGCUGCUCUAGAACUCCAAGAUUGGGUGGCUGAAAAUGCCUCUCUUAUUCUUUUUAGGAUUUACCACAUGAAUAAAUCUGCCUGUUCCUCGGAAAUUCAUAAUUCUGUCAUGCUCAAGAGAUGUUCUGAUUUUGUUUCCACUGGGAAAAUGUAUGCCCUUAAACUAUGUAUCAAAAAUAUGCCAUUAGGACCUCAUACUAGUUAUGUAUAGAUUAAAUAAGAAAGAGUAUCUUCUGAAGUCGCCAAAGAGCAUCUGAAAAAUGUAAUUUGCAUGAAAUGUCUUUACUUGACAGAGUGAAAUAAGAUCAAAUGGGCACCAAAAUCUGAUUGGUAAAAGAAAUUACCAUAUGUAUUUGCACUUAGUAAGCUAGAUUUUUUUAUAUAUAUAUUGUAUGAGGGCAGACUGUGAAAAUAGCUAAAAUAUUAGAUCAGUCUACUAAAUAUUAGGAGGAUCUGUCAGUAAACACUGCAAGAAUUAUUCUAGCUACAUGCAGUAAAUGUAUUUUUCUGAUAUAUUAACAGUACGUUAAAAUUUUGUGUAAUAUAAUUCAAAACUGUCAUCAUGUAACUUCCCUAAGCAGUAAAUAUGUUGGACCAUCUCAGUUGCUAAACUUUUACAUGUGAUAUGUCCAAGCUUGCUUACUGCUGACAUAUAUGAUUAUAUAUAUAUAUAUGUUAUAGUGUUUUUUUUAUCUUCAACUUGAUCAGGAAAGAAAAUGCUAAAUGGAUCUCUUUGUGACUGUACUGGACAACGAGAUGAUUUAUUGACUGUUAACCUGGGCUUUAAACAGAGAGCACUACCCCCCUGCCGCCUUCCCCCCCAUAAAGAGCAUGUUUUGGGGAUUUUUUUUUUUUUUACAUUGACAGCAUACUUUCUUGUGAUUUUUUUUUUUUUUUAAGGUAAAGGUUUUUUGAUUAAAAUUUGAAUAACAAAGGAGCUCCUCAAUCCAGUUAUUUAUCUUUUUGACUUUUUUGCUAGCAGAAUUUAAGAAAACUUCUAGCCUAAAUAAACUUGCAUUGGUUAUCAUAUGUAUUACAGAAUGGUACGUGCUUUAUGUAGUCUUUGUAUGUUUGUUGUAUAGCUUUCUAUGUAAUUUGCUUUGCACUG